CACAGAGCGCCCGCCCUCCUACCGACUGAGGAGGAAAAGAAGAGAGGGGAGGGGGCGCGAGGGACGGAAAGCGCUGGGGGAGGGGGGAGAGGGGCGGUGUAAGGCUGUCACCCCUCCAGUGCCGACGAUAGAGAAAGACCUUACUUACUCCAGGGGCUUCCUCCUCACUGGGGAAUUGCCGGAAAGAGCAAACAAAAAAGGCGCUGGUGUAGGCUCCAAAAUAAACAUCUGAAUUCAUGAUGGCAUCGACAGAGGCUCUUAUUGGAUUAAAAGUUUCAAAACAAACCAAAACGCUUUGGAAAAAGCAGGGUUGAAUGCCUGCCUAUACCCUCAGACACGACCAUGGAGAAAGGUGGGAACAUACAACUGGAGAUACCUGAUUUCAGCAACUCAGUCCUAAGCCAUCUAAACCAACUGCGCAUGCAGGGACGUCUCUGUGACAUCGUGGUCAAUGUGCAAGGACAAGCUUUUAGGGCUCACAAAGUGGUACUGGCAGCCAGCUCCCCCUAUUUCCGAGAUCACAUGUCCUUGAAUGAGAUGAGUACUGUCUCUAUCUCAGUCAUCAAGAACCCUACUGUUUUCGAGCAGCUCCUUUCUUUCUGUUACACGGGGCGAAUAUGCCUGCAACUGGCAGAUAUCAUCAGCUACCUGACAGCUGCCAGUUUUCUGCAAAUGCAGCAUAUUAUAGACAAAUGUACACAGAUCCUGGAGGGCAUUCAUUUCAAAAUUAAUGUGGCUGAGGUUGAAGCUGAAUUAAGUCAAACGAGGACAAAGCAUCCAGAGGGACCUCCAGAGUCUCACAGAGUUACACCAAAUCUGAACCGCUCUCUUAGCCCCCGACAUAAUACUCCAAAGGGAAACCGGCGAGGUCAGGUUAGCACGGUGCUGGAUAUCAGGGAGCUCAGUCCUCCUGAGGAGUCCACCAGCCCUCAGAUAAUUGAGCAGAGUUCUGACGUCGAGAGCAGGGAGCCCAUCCUGAGGAUCAACCGAGCAGGACAGUGGUAUGUGGAGACGGGAGUAGCCGACAGAGGGGCCCGGAGUGAUGAUGAAGUUAGAGUCCUUGGAGCAGUACACAUCAAAACUGAAAAUCUAGAAGAGUGGCUUGGGCCUGAGAAUCAGCCUUCCGGAGAAGAUGGGAGUAGUGCAGAGGAAGUCACAGCCAUGGUGAUUGACACCACAGGCCAUGGUUCUGUAGGACAGGAAAACUACAGUUUAGGAUCUUCAGGAGCCAAGGUGGCUAGACCAACAAGCAGUGAAAUUGACAGAUUUAGCCCCUCUGGCAGUGUUGUUCCUCUGACGGAGAGACACAGAGCCCGAAGUGAGUCUCCUGGGAGAAUGGAUGAGCCUAAGCAACCCAGCUCACAGGUAGAAGAGUCUGCAAUGAUGGGAGUAAGUGGCUAUGUGGAGUAUCUCCGAGAGCAGGAAGUAUCUGAGCGGUGGUUCCGGUACAACCCUCGUCUCACCUGCAUCUACUGCGCCAAAUCUUUCAAUCAGAAGGGAAGCCUGGACCGCCACAUGCGCCUGCACAUGGGAAUCACACCAUUCGUCUGCCGCAUGUGUGGCAAGAAGUAUACCCGGAAGGAUCAGCUGGAGUAUCACAUCCGCAAGCACACAGGCAACAAACCUUUUCACUGUCAUGUUUGUGGCAAAAGUUUCCCCUUCCAGGCCAUCUUGAAUCAGCACUUUCGCAAAAACCACCCUGGCUGUAUACCCCUGGAGGGACCUCAUAGCAUCUCCCCUGAAACAACUGUCACGUCUCGAGGACAGGCCGAGGAAGAGUCUCCUUCUCAAGAAGAGACAGUUGCUUCUGGGGAAACCGCCCCGGGCUCUGUUUCCACUACUGGGCCAGAUUGAAACAUCGAGGGGGAGGGGGCAGACCCUCUUCCCCUCUGGGCCGUAAGUAGCCAGCAUCAGGGCCACAGGCUGGUACUUAAAUUCACAAAAUGCCACAUCACCAGAUCAGAAGAUGCUCCCAAGAUGUUGCCAAACUAGAGGAUCAGCAACAUACAAAAAGCACUAGAGGCUCUUCUCCCCUCCUCCCCACCUCACACUUCGGAAAAUAAUCAAGCAAAUCACCUUCUAAUUCAGGGAUUAACAGCCUUGGUUUGUUAACUUUAUAAAAAAAAAAAAGUUUUUUUAACAAAACAAUGAUAAAUAACCAUUUAUCUACCAGUCAUGUUUGAACACUGUACUUUGGUCCAUAUCAUCUGUUGGCUGUAAUUGCCCAGAUCUAAAAAAUGAGGCAGGAGCCUUGGUCAUCUGAACCAGCCAGCCACAAGAGGAAGUAAUCAUGAUGGUGAUGAUGAGGGGAAUUUUUCUUCUUCCUUCCCUGCCAGAACAAGCAGUUUCGCAUUUCAGGAAGAAGGGAGGAAAAAAAGAAUCCUAGUGGUUCUUUUUGUUUUGAAAGGUUAGACUUAAUCUUUGCCAUGACAAGGCAUCUGAUACUUUGCCUGAUUGUUUCAUGUAAGCAGCCGUCUUGGAGCAGUAUUCUAAUGGGCAGCAUCACCUGAAGCACUUUAGGCAACUGGAAGUGAAAUGAGCAGCAGAGUGUUUGCAAUAGGUACUCCUGCUUUGGGGAGCUUGAGUGUUGUGCUGAGGAAGAGGGAAGCAGGGAAGGAAAUGUUUUUGUUUUACAGUUAUUGAACAGCACUGAGCCGUACUGCAACUUCCUGAUUGGUAUUUGUAAACCACAGUGCUUGUAUAUCUUUGGGUGUUAGGAAAUGGCUCUAGUCCAGGUGAAUUAACAUGUAAGGCUGACUACCAAAGUUUCAUCCAGUCUCUUUGGCUCCUAGUUUCACGUAACAGCAAUAUUAUACAUCAAAAUGUCACUUUACAGUGAAAGGAGCCUGGAUUGUAUUUUUAAAUUCACAGGUCUCCAUAUUUGAUAACUUUUAUAUGACAUUUUAAACACAUUUUUUCUGCAAUAUUGUGGUUGAAGAAAUUCAACACUAUGGUUCUUAUUGCAACCACAAUUCCAUUUCCUUCUACAUAUGUGAUAGUUUAUAUUUUCAGUCCAAUAGAAGAACCUCACUAAAUCCAUGUCUUAUGUCUGCAAACCUAGUAAUUCAUAAACCAACCAUCAGCAAAUUGUUGAUGACUCCAAGAGCUUUGCUUUUUAAUAAUACACUACAGGGCAUUUAUCAGAAAACAUCAUGCACAAUCACACUGCAAUAAAUUGAUCAAGGGAACAAUUUUGAUCAGGUUUGGUUACUUAAUCAUUCCUAAGAUUUUUAAAACUUCAAGGGACCUUUUUGGCAAUUCUGGGUUAUUUCUGAGAUUCUUAAUCCAGCACUGAGAGUCAGAAAGAAUUUACCAAACAUGUAGAGCUUUAGAUGCCCUGUCUUGCAUGCAGAGAAUGAAGGAGGAUUAUUAAGGAAUGCAGGCAAAUAGAUGCUUACAAGUUACAAUAAGCAAAUAGAAAAGUGAAAAAUCUCUAGCUUCUUUUAACUGAUCAUUAAUUUUUAAAGAGUAUUUAAAUAGUAGUUUAAGAAAUUGUUUUGGUGUAGAUAAUUGUACAAGAGAUUUGGGAGAGGGGCUGGUCAUGCCGGCACUGGUGAGCCAUUUGUGAGAACACCAGUAGUGUGCAACCUUCCUGAGAAUGCUUUGGGUGUGUGGGAAAGUGAAUAGGAAAAGAAUGGCAAUGCUUUGAUGAUAGGAAGUUAGAAUACAAAGGGUAACUCUUAAGCAAUCUGAGACUUGUACGUAUAAAUACAACUGUACCGUGUCACUAAUGAAUGGUUAUUCUCUCUUCUGGUAAAACAGAAAUGCAUCUUUUAAUAGGAGUGUAAUGAUGCUACCAUUUGAUUAGAACCUACCCCUAAAUGUUGUGUUGAAGCCAUAUUUUGUCUUCAGAAUACAUAGGCUAUGGCAGCUCCUCUUUAGUUGGGUAACAGUAUGGUAAAGUGAAACUGUCACCUACUGUUGUUUUAGAGACCAUCUAUGCUCUGUUGCAUAGAAACUGUGGAGCUGAAAUUAGACUGAAAUCUUUAGGAAAACAUUUCAGCUGAUAAUCAAGGCUUUCAGUAGACAGAUUUUGCCAUUACCAAAUAAGCAGAGAAGUGAGAGGUACAGAAUAUGCUGCUUUAGAUGGAGCUUUUAAGCCUACCAAAAACAAAUUUUGUUAAGUCCAUCCUAAUUUUGAGAAGUAGUAUGCUGAAAAGUUCUUUAUUGCUCUGUUAGUUUCUUAGAUUUUAUGUGAGAAAAUAGAGCUUUUUAAACUAUUACCAAAUUAUAAAAGUAAUUUCUGUAGAGAAACUUUGCAGCAUUUGUCAGUACCCCAUCCAGAGUUAGCAACAAACAUUUUAAAUUAAGUAGAGACCAUCUGAUAGAUGUGGAAAUGCUGUGUUUGGUGGGUUCCCCUCCCUUCCUAUUCACUGCUAAUGGGCUUUUGCUGUGUCGAUACUGUGACUAGAGUGCUUCUUGGUCAUCCAGGACCACAUUGGCACAAUCAUGUUUGCUGGUUCUCUCCUCUUAAUUGGCCUAGCACAGAGCCAUGAAAUGCAUGAAAAUUCAAGCCAGCCUAGCUUUUAAACAAAUAGAAGUUUCUGAAAGCAAUUUCCCCAUUUUACUUAGAAGAGAUGUUAUUCUAAAUAAUUGUCGAAGAUUCACUGUGACAUUGCCUCGUUCUUAGCUAACAUCACUGUAGGGUCAUAGGAGUUAGUAGUGUUCUAUCUACAUUACUGAAUAGCUAUAUUGGUGUGUACACAGAGGAUACCUCUCUUAAGGAUGUACUAAACAGACUUUAGCUAAUGCUGAAAACUCAUUACCAAAUUGUAACUUGCACGUGUCACCUUGUGAAGGGAACAGCAUUAGCAGUGAGAGCUAAACCAUCAAGUACUUUAAUGCCGUGAAAUAGCAAACACUGGGAUUGCUUUCAUUUAUUGAGUGGCACUUAAUAGCAAAGGAGCUACCCAAUACUCAGCAAAAGAAGAGAGAUAAUAUGUUAAUCUACUUUGAUUCUAAGAGGUACCUUUUAUUCUCUCUCAUACCAGUUUAAAAUAUGGCAUUGGCGUGAACAGUAAUACUGUACUUAGGCAGAAGGCUCUUUCUAAUGACUUGUUCUCUCUUUACUCAGAACCAUAUUUACCUCUGAACUGAGUUGAGUUUUAUUUUACCUGAGUUGCAAACUGCCCCCAAGCCAUUCCAGUAUACCACAGGGCCAAAUCUAAUCUUGAAUAUAGCUCCUGAAGGAUAAAGAUUGGAAAAGAAGGGAGAUAGCAGUUAAAGGAAGUUUUAUUAUUUUUUUCCAGUUCUUUUUACAUCAUUGAAACAGUUUUCCAAAGAUGGCAUGAAAGUAGAUAAACCAUUUUCCUACUAACUUCAUAGUUGAAAUCUAGCCUUGGUUGGAAGUGGUCUGAAUGGAAGAAUGAAAUAGUGAACUUCAUCCUUUUUCUUUGGUCAAGAAAAACUUUUGAAAAGUUUUAGCUGUUACUUAUCACUAAUUUUGUUUUAACUGGUAAAAACUACAUUUUGUUUGACUAGAAGAUCUGCUUUAAAGAAAUGGGUAAUGGUAAGGAAAUUAAAUAGUUGAAUAAAGAUAAAAGUCUUCUUAGUUAAAGUGGAAAGGCAUUUAAUCAGGGAGGAGUUGGAAUCCUGGAAGUUUCUAUUUUUUUAGCUACAGCAGAUGUGUUUUUUUCCUCUUCCUCAAAUAUUUUCCUUAUUUGUAUACUUAUUCAUUUUGUAUUUUGGUUGCUGAAAUUUAGAAGAGAUAACUAGCAGUUAAGCCAGAUGUAAAUCCCUUACUUUGAGAGGAUGCCCUUUAGCAAAGUAUAUCUCUGGAUUUAGGAAUUAGAUCUAGGUUCAGCAAAUCACAGCCCCCAGGCCAAAUCCUAAGGUCACCUAUGUGUGUAAAGAAAGUGACAGUGUUGAAUAGAGCUAGCUACACCUCUUCGUUUAGGUAUUGUUUGUGGCUACUUUCUACCAUAGUGGCAGAAGUUGAAUACUUGGGACACAGACCACAUGGCCUGAAAAGCCUCAAGAUACUUGCUUUCUGGCACGUGACAAAAAGUUUGCUAACUCCAGGAUUAGAUUUAAAAGAAUUACACGUCCCCACCCCCACCCCUGGCAAUUUGUCACUCCUGCCAUUUUGCUUUUAUAAUAGCUUGGUUGAGGUUUUAAAUUCAUAUUGCUGUACAUACGUCAGCUUCUUGAAAGAGGUCUUUUUCUAGAUCUUUGACUCAUAACUCUUGCUCUUUCUUGAAUUCCAUUGCUUUAAAUGGUUUAGCGUAGGCUUUUAUGAUUUGUCCUUUCCUUAAAGGAGCAGGUAGAUUAAAGUUAUGGAUGGUAAUUACAGAUUUAACAAAGUAAUUAGAACAAAUAAUUCCUGUGCAAAAUAAUUUAGGGUUCAGUGUAUACCAUGUUUACGUAAAAUACUGUAAAAAAAAUGCUUUUAUAGUUUUCGCCAUUUCUCUGACUUAACAUAAUGAUGACAAGAGGGCAAGAAUGAAUUUAUUCCCACUAGUAUUAAAAGUUAAUUUCAGUUAUGAAUAAGUGGUUUGAUUCUUAUCCAAAGUACUGUUUUUCUAGAUUAGAAACCUCUACUCAUUUCUUUUCCUAUGUGGAGUAGUAAAAAGCCAAAAAUCUUCCUUUUUUCUUUUUUUUUUAAUGAAAGUUUUAAAAUGUAGUGAAACAUCUAAGGAUAUUCUUCUUAGACCUAUCUUCCAAUUUCUGUUAUUGUCUGUAAUUCUUCUCAGUAUAUAUUGGGCUACUAUAUAUUUGCUUUUUGAAUGUUUAUUCUACUAUUCAGAUAGCUUAUUCAUGGCCAGACAUGAAAAAAUGGAAAAUGUUAGGGUGAUAAUAAACAGAAUUCCUUGCAAGAGGAGAAUAUAAUUGCUCCACAUUUGAAAACAAUACAUGGACUUCUAAGAUUUAUCUGGUCAGAGUGUUCUAGGCCAUGCUGAUAUAAUAGAGAGAGUUUGAUUCUUACUUUUUGUGAGCUCUACCAAUACAUGUGAAGCUUGGAUGAGUGAUCUAGUUGUGUAUAUGGCAAUUCUUCACUAGGCAUUUUAUUUUUAAAAUUGCCUUUUUCUUUUUUCUUUUUUUUUAAAUUUUAUUUGGAAUGUAGUUGACUUGCAAUAUUGUAUUAGUUUCAGGUGUACAGCAAGGUGAAUCAGUUAUACAUAUAAAUAUAUGCAUUCUUUUUUCCCAUUAAAGUUGCCUUUUUAUAAGUUGGAUGUUAGUAGGUUUCAUAUGUUAUAUCCUCCAGGUAAUAGAUAAUACUCAUCUAAAAUGUUCUGAAAUAUUUGCCAAGGUGAGAUCUGUCUUAGAGCUCUUAUAGUACUAGUGGUUCUUGAAAUUUUGGAGUGUUGCUUUUCUGGUUAAUUUGGAAUUUUGAUUAAUCUGGGAUAUAGGACUUGUGAAGGAAAUUGGAUUUAGCCCAGUGAAUCAUUUGCAUCCACCUCCAUUUGAGGUCUUAGCAAUAGGUGUCAUUUAAAUAUGAAUCUGUUGCAAACAAUGGAGUUUGCCAAGCAUUAUGACUUUUUUGAAAAUUAUCAGUUUUAUGUUACUUUGCCUCUUUUACGUUCUAGUGUCUUUCUGUCUUCACUCUUCUUAUUCUUAAGUGGUGCUUUCCCCAGGGCCAGUCUUUUUACUUUGCAUUAAGUUUUCUUGCUCAAGAAAAGCCAAAGUUGGAUAUUAUGAGUUCUUUCAAAUCUGUCUUAAUUACAUUCCAAAGUAUGUUAUAGGAACAGUGAUAUCAAAAGCUGAAAGAUAUCCAUACAGGUAUUUUUUUCCCUCAAUUGUGAGGAGCAGCAGUGACUUUGAAGGAAAAUACCUGAAUAUGCAUUAUAUUCACAGAGUACAUAUAUCAUUUCUUAUCUUACACCAUCCCCAUUUUCUGUAUAAUAAAACCUGUUGUAACAAUUAAGAAAGGACCUCUAGCUCAAAUAGUGGAAGCUUUAAACACAAAGCUAGGCUAUAAAGGCAGAGCAGUUAAGGGGGAGGGGAGGAAAGAAACUUUUCUAAUACUUGUUUUUUUUCUUUUUUGGCCACACCACAGCAUGUGGACGUUCCCAGGCCAGGGAUCGAACCUGCACCACAACAAUGACCCAAGCCACUUCAGUGACAACACUGGAUCCUUAACCCACUGUGCCACAAGGGAACUCCAGUGCUUUCUUUUUUCAUGUCUACUCAGUAAGUCCUGUUAAGAAAGCUAGAUAGUACCACCCAGUUAAGAGAGAGAUUUAUUUAGCAUGUCAUAUGACCAAAGGCACAAUUUAAUAUACUGUGAAUCUUAGAACCUGAAUUAAUCCAUAAUGCCAGAAGUCAAAGUAUAAUAUCUCAUGGGAAAAUAUUUCCUAUUCUAUGAAAUUCUUAUCUUAAGUGGUAGAAAGCAUAUAGGAGAAUCUCUUCCAUUAAGUAAAUAUUAAGUGCUUUUUGGUACCAGACAGUGUGCUUGGAUUUUGUAAAACAAACUUGACUUUAGACAUAGUUUAGAUGUGGCUUCCUAUCCUUGAGAGUCCUAAUCCCACUUGGUUGGAGGCUGGAUGUGUGCUUUUAAAAGCCUGCACUUUUCACUACAGAGAUAAAAGAUCGAAAAGAAGGGGGCAGAAUUAACUGUAUUAAGUGCUUUAGUGACAUAAUUACAGUUAAUUCUCAAAGUAAUCAAUCAUAUGAGGUAGUAACAGUAGUAACUAAAAAUAGCUGACUUUUUUGAGUGUUUACUAUGUACCAGGCACAGUUCUAUGUGCCUCAAAUAACUCAUCUAAUCAUUAUGACAAUCCCAUAAUGGUAGAUACUGUUAUUAUCCUCACUUUAGAGAAAAAAUAAUUAAGACACAGAGAGGCUGACCUAGGCAGUCUUUUCACUAGAGUUGGCACUCUUAAUAGACUGUGUUGCCUUUAAUAGCUGUAAUUUACCACGUUUUAUAGAUGAGAAACUAUUGAGCUCAAGAUUAUACGAUAGAUAAAUUUCAGAGCUGAUAUUUAUCAAUCUGAUUCAAAAGCCAGACUAUCUCCAAUAUAUCAUGUUAGCUCUUAUUUAUAAAGAGUCAAAGUGAACUAGAAUAUACAAUAACCAAUAACAGUACUGCUUUUAGUGAACUUUUAAUUCAAGAAUAAGUGAUUGGAAGAUUUCAGAAGAUAGUGCAGUUGAUCUCUGAGCAGAUGUCGAAUGGUGACUGUUUUCUAGGGAUCCUGCACACCACUUUGAAGGGGUCACCCAUUUGAUAGACCUAACUGUGAAUGAGUGAUUGAGUUACUACCAAGGCAAAAAUUGAAAGAUAUCAUUCCAGUUAUCUAUUGCUGUGUAACUAACUGUCCUAAACCGUAGUGAUUCAAAACAACUACUUUAUAUAUUUCAUGAUAUUGUGAAUCAGAAAUUCAGGAAGGGCUUAUCUAGGCAAUUUCUUGCUUCCUGUGGUGACAACUCAGGUCACCUGGUAGUGUUCAGGAGGUGGUUGGAUUGGUCUGGUGUGUCCAAGAUGACUUCACAGUCCUGACACCUUGGCAGGGAAGGCUAGAAGACUAGGCCCAGCGAGCCUUCUCUCCCUCUGGGAAGUCUCAGGGACUCCCUAUGUGAUCUCUCCAUCAGAGUCGUCAGACUUACAAAAUGGCAGCUCAGGCCUCAGGCUGGAUAGAGGGUGCCAGUCCUCUUGAAGGCCAGCCCAGAGCUAUCACAGUCACCACACUGUUGAUCAAAGAAGUCACAGGUCAGCCCAGAUUCAAGGGGAGAGGAAAUACCGUAUCACUUGAUGGAAGAUAAUGUCAAGGUUUGGGGCCACUUUUAAUCUGUUAUAGGUAGCAUUGGAUUUUAAAUUUGUCUUACCUCCUGUGUAUUCAUUUAGGUCAGUUGUUUGUGCCAUAGAAACCAUUUCUUAUAUCUGUCAUGGGUCAGAAAACAAGCUAAAUGAGAAUGAGACAAAUAUCUGGAACUGAUUUCAUUAGCUUCCUAACUCCCUGAGUUGCAUUUAUCUUACAGCAAAAUUUCCAUUUUUCUUUUGUUCUAAGUUCCAAAUUGUGAGCAUUUGCUUUUUUUUUUUCUUUUUCUCCUGUGAAGACACAGUAAAUGUAUAUGCUAAAACCAAGAAUACUCCAGAGGAAGUAAAAAUCUUACUGUUAUAGGUCUUGAUUUAUUAGAGAUGUCAGCUGUAUUUUAAGUUUACAAGUAGGCAGAAAUUGCUGUGAUAUGGAACAAUGUAUAUGGUCACUAAAUCUCUUUCAACAGUAGAUUCUUUGAGUAGCUAGAUGGAUUAUAUUCUUAAGAUAAGUGAAAGUUUUUUCUAUAUAUCCUAAGUAUCUUUACUGCCACCAUACUACCUCUGGCACAGAUUUGUGCUAGAAGGUGAAUAGAUUCAUUCUUUUCUACUACCUUUCAUCUGGGAAAAUCAGUCUAUUGCCCAAUUUUAUAUUCUGUUAGUCCCCGCCCUCUCCCCCAUUCUUUUUAGGGCCUUGCCCAUGGCAUAUGGAAUUUCCCAGGCUAGGGGUCAAAUUGGAGCUACACCUGCCACCUACACCACACCUGCAGCAAUGUGGGAUCCAAGCCACAUCUGCAACCCAUAUGCCAUAGCUUGCAGAAACACCGGAUCCUUAACCACCAAGUGAGGCCAGGGAUCGAACCCUCAUCCUUAUGGAUACUAGUCAGGUUCUUAACCUGAACCACAACAGGAACUCCUUGUUAAUCCUGUAAAAUUAGCAGUUGCUUCCAGCUGUUAUCUAAAAUAACAGAUCAUUGAAGUUUGGUGAUUUUUUUUAUUAGAUUUGUCAAAUUUAGGAUACUUUAUUUAAACUCCUGCUGGCUUAUAAGUAGACUUUUAUUGCCUUCAGAAGAAAUAAGGGCAAAGAAUAAAUUCUCCUCUAAAAAUAAUCAUCCCCAAAACAAUACACUUUCUAAGAGAAGAAAGUUGUACUAUUAUCCAUUCCAUGUGCAGUGGUUUCCUAGAGAAUUAGUUGUGAGGGCUUCUUGCUGGUUUUUCCCAAUUGUCAUAUAGUGAAGAGGUCCUAGGUCAGGCCUCAGAAAUUGCAAAUACAGGAAAUAAAAGGGGUAUUCAGGACUGAAGACUUAAUUUAGGACUCUAGAAAAUGCUGGAAGGGAAAAAGACUUUGGCAUUUUUAAUUGAAUAAUCAGGAAUAGAAUGUUUGAGUCAUUUACGUAUCAGGAUUAAUUAGAUUUUUACCAUAUAAAGAUUGGGGAAAACUUCGAUGAAUAAAAAUAAAUGAGCCUCUGGCGUUCCUGUUGGGGCUUAGCUGUAAUGAACCGACUAGUAUCCAUGAGGAUGUAGGUUCGAUCCCUGCCCACCCUGCUCAGUGGGUGUGAGGGGCAGUGUAGCUUGCAGACUUGGCUCAGAUUUGGCAUUGCUGUGGCUGUGGUGUAGGCCGGCAGCUACAGCUCUGAUUUGACCCCUAAUCUGGGAACUUACACAUGCCUCAGGUGCGGCUAUAAAAAAUAAAAGAAAAAAAAAAAAAAAAGAGGGUGUUCCCCUUGUGGCUCAGUGGUAGCAAUCCAACUAGUAUCCAUGAGGAUGUGGCUUUAAUCCCUGGCUUCACUCAAUGGGUUAAGGAUCCAGUGUUGCCGUGAGUUGUGGCUUAGGUUGCAGAUGUGGCUUGGAUAUGGUGUGGCUGUGGCGUAGGCCUGCAGCUACAGCUCUAAUUUGACUCCUAGCCUGGGAACCUCCAUAUGCUGUGGGUGCAGCCCUAAAAAGACAAAAAAAAAAAAGGAAAAAAGAAAAAUAUCAGUCUGGCUUCAGUGUUGAGAAAUGAGUAUAGAGGAGCACGAGAAGAUACAUGGAGACCAGUUAGAAAAUCAAAUAAAAGAUGUUGGUAGCUUAAAAUAGAAAAAUAAGUAAGCCUUAACAUUUUCUUUGUGAUCCAUAUUUCCACUCUGCUGUACCUCAAAAUCUGCUCUUUGUGACAAAGCAAGCCUUUGAAAAUAUAUUCCCAAGAAAUGAAAAAUUGGUUCUGGGUAUAUUGCCAUAAGCAUCUUUGCCAUAGAGAUCUUUGCUGUAAGCAUUGUCACCUCAUUACUAAUUGGCCAUAAGGCAAUUUGGCCAUAAAAGAUAAAAUAAUGGAAAAUGAAAGAGGGACAUUAAAAACGAUAUGAAACAUGAAAAAUUAAUAAAACAUUAAAAACUAUUGCACAAUGUGAAAUAUUUAAUAUUUGAAAUCAUCUAAAAUGUGUGUAGAUUCAUGGCAAUCCUGCACACAUAACUGGUUGUUAUUUUGUGGGUUGUACCUAAGCACUUGUCUCACAGGUCUUUUAUUUCAUAGUACUUUUACUUUUUUUUUUCAUUGAUUCAUCUCCUCACUCAGCAUUGCACUUUUUCUUUUUGCUUAAGUUUCUUCCUUCAUUAAGAGAGAUAUCAGUUUCUGAAUACCAGGAUACAUAUCUGUAACUGAGCUUUGUAUCACAUUAUGAAAGCCCCUGCAGUUUGUUCUUAGCAUCCUGUCACAUGUCCAUUUGUAGAUGUUCCAAAGUUCUGUGGGAAAUGUGGUUUAACUCUGCACCUUUGAGGCUUUUUCUUUUUUAUCCUCCAAUGUAGUGUGUUUCAAAAUAAGAAACCAACUCUUGAGGAUAAAUCAUCAUCUGUCAGCUCAAUAAAGCUAUCAGUAAUGUUGCCAACUGGAAGAAAUGCUAACACAUUUCAACCAGUCAAAACCAAACUGUCAAGGCAAAAACCGUCUUAGAGCCAAUUAGUUAUGCUGCAAAAAUGUUUUUGGCAAAGAUGCUUAUAGUGAAAAUACCGGACUCUUUAAAAAUCUUCAAUAAUCUAUGGAGAUGUCUCUCAUUUGGUGUGUUAUAUAUAGCUCUUUGGCCCUCCUCUGUGCCUCUUAAGUUUGAAAUCAUCUGAUGGUUGCACAAAAACUAAGUACAGUUGACUCUUGAACAAUGUAGAAGUUAGGGCACCAACACUCUGCAAGUAGAAAAUCCACCUGUAAUUUAUAGUUGGCCUCUGAAUCUGUGAUUAUUUUUGCAUCAGGGAUUCAACCAACUGCUAAUCGAUUGUGUAGUGCUGUAGUUUUUACUAUUGAAAAAAGCCAGGUAUAAGUGGACCCAUGCAGUUCAUACCCAUGUUGGUCAAGAGUCAACUGUACUGUGGUAUUGAAUUAAAAAAGAGAGCAAAGUCAGAAGAAAGGGAAGCUCUAGAUUGACAAAAUAUUUAUUCUUUCUUUUCAGCAUCACAACUCUAAACCAUUUCAAGCCAGUCACAGCAGCAUGAGUGAGUAGAAAUUCUGUACGGUUUAGCACAAUCUUAAAGCAGAUGUUUUUGACAUAUUUGAAGAUGAUCUACCAUAGGAAGAUCAGUUUUCUGUAAAGUAAUAGAAUCCUAAUUAUAGCGGUUCUUUAAGAACCACUGCAAAACAGAAUUACAACACAGGGAACAAAGCUUAAAAUGUGUUUCCUCUGGAAGCCAAGAUGCUAAAGCAGGGGUAACUAAGAGUGUGGCCGAAAUCCGUCUCUAGAGUGGCCGUCAGUCAGAUAGCAAAGAUACUUAGAAUUUAUAUGGUAUUUGAUAUUUUUACAAAAAUGAUUUUAAAUCAUGUAACUUGAAGUUUUAGAAAAUGAGCCUGUUUUCUUUUUGGAAAACUGGCCCCCAAAAUAACACUAAUAUAAUUCAAUUGUAUAUGCAUGUGCAUUGGACACAGAGUGAUAUUCUAAAGAUAUGCAAAUAACUUUUGUGGGAAGUUUGGCUAUUUUCUUAAUAUCUUUUUUCAUAAAUGUAUGUUUAUAAAUAUAUUUACUCAUCCACUAUGACCUUGGUAGCUUUAGAAGCAUUUUGUUAGCUGUAUCAUUGAUUAUAAAAAUCAAAUUCUUGGCAUAGUAGACUCUGAGAGCUUUUUGUUGCUUUGUAUUUUGGCUAAAAAGUUUAUUUCUUGCACUUUCUAUUUAUAAAGAUGUUGUAACAUAUUGCACCCACUUAGUGCAGCUGUUCUUUAGAGACAAAAGAUGUAGGUGUAGGUGUUAAAGUGGAAUGUAUGUUUAAAAGCUUGACAAAAGAAGGGAUCUCAAAAGAACAAAUUUGGCUUGAAUCCACCUGAGAAAAGCUGGGGGAUAACGUAAAAUUUAGAUUGAAAGUAGCUAUUGGGAUAGGUGUGCUAUUGCUGCAAGUUGCAGUAUUGUUGCGAGUUGCCAGCUAUGUGUAUGUGAUUUUAUGUAUGUGUGAGAAAAAGUGUCUCAUGAAGGCAGAUAAGUCAGUGGAGAAAAGUCUACCUCCCAGUAAAGACAGAAUAUUCUAAGAUUGCCCUGUUCCCCCCUGGGCAGAAGGUUGGAUUCCUCAGCCACUGUCCACCCCAUUCUCUUUUGUACUCACUUCAGCUCCUCUACCUCUGAGCACUUGGCUGAAGAAAGAGUGUAGCUUUCUGUAACAAGCAGAGGAAAGCCAGACCCAAAAUAUACAGGCUGCAGUAUCUCACGUCUCCUUGUCAUGUUUAGAUGUUAAUGUUUGGUUUUGCUGCCCAGAUCAAACAGUGUCAGAACACUUGGGUUUAGUGCUUCCCCCACCCCACCCCCGACCGGCUGCACCUGUGGCAUGCAUAAGCUCCCAGGCCAGGGAUUGAACCCAAGCCACAGCAGUGAGGAUGCCAAGUCCUUAACUGCUAGGUCACCAGGGAACUCGGGUUUAGUGCUUUUGUCCCUGACUUCUGUUUGGCAAGAGUAGUCCAUGGAAGUGGUGUCUUUUUGCUGAUUUUAAAGAUAUGCUCAACUCCUUUGAAUGAUGUAAAAAAUUUGUUUGAAUCCUGAGUUCUUUUAUUUUUAAUUGACAUUUGCAGUCCAUUUUCGAGGACUGUAAUAGAAACCAUACUUUCCUGAUAAUGAGCCUUCUGCCUCUAUCUUGACUUGGAGGUAUGCAUGACAUGGAUUUUCGGAUCAUCUGUUUUGCUUUUAGAAACUAUAGGAGUUCCCGUCGUGGCGCAGUCGUUAACGAAUCCGACUAGGAACCAUGAGGUUGCGGGUUCGAUCCCUGCCCUUACUCAGUGGGUUAACGAUCUGGCGUUGCCGUGAGCUGUGGUGUAGGUCGCAGAGGUGACUGGGGUCCUGCGCUGCUGUGGCUCUGGUGUAGGCUGGCAGCUACAGCUCCGAUUAGACCCCUAGCCUGGGAACGCAGGAGCGGUCCAAGAAAUGACAAAAAGACAAAAAAAAAAAACCAAAAAACAAAGAAACUAUAAAGAGAGAUAUUUCUGUUUUUAAUGCUAAUACAGUUAUCAUAGUCAAGAUGGCCUCAUUUGAAUGUUGUGGGUGUCAGGAAAUUCAGUUUCAGUAGUGAAAUACCACUAGGCAGACCACCUAAUCUUUAAAUCCAGUUGUAGCACUCAGCUGAUUUGCUGUUUGGGGCACUGGUACGCAGAACCAAGUCAGGUUACCUACCUUUUGAACAUUUGUUACAGCCGAGGAAGAACUACCAGGCCUUUAAUAAAUAUCCUGGUAUGCUUUCCACCUUUUCAUUCUAAUGCAGUGGCUGGUUGUAAUAUCCAAAAAGGGAUUCUUUGGUUAAAAGUGAAAAUGACAGUGAUCCAUUUUCAGAUUUUUAGAGGGUUGGCAUCUAUCUCACAGGUACUAGCUGGUAAGUAUUUACCUUCCUGGUUACUGGGUAGGUCAAGUGACAACGCAGUCAGUGUGAAAUUCUAAAUGAGACAAACAGUACUCAUUGGUGACAACUGAUAUAGUAACCUUUGCCCAAACAGAAUGAAUUCUGUAGGAGGAUAAAGCAGUAAAAUCAUGUGAAUCUAUUUACCACAGCUGUUUUCUUUCUUUUUUUUUUUUUUUUUUUCUUUCUUUCUCUCUCUCUCUCUUUUUCUUUUUUUGCUUUUUGGGGCUGCACCUGCGGCAUAUGGAAAUUCUGAGGCUAGGGGUCAAAUUGGAGCUGCAGCUGCCGGCCUGUGCCACAGCCACAGCAACCCACUGAGCGAGGCCAGGGAUCAUACCCGCAUCCUCAUGGGUACUAGUUGGGUUUGUUACUGCUGAGCCACUACAGGGACUGUUUUUUUUUUUCUAGUUAUAAAAUAAUUGUCCGCUUAUAGCCCUGUUCCUAAUAUUCUAGACUCAGGAGUUAACUCCUGCUUAGGAAAAUUCUUCCUUCUGGGCUUUUGUUUGUGCCCAGUUGUAGUCUAGGCCUGUUCCCAGCUGUCUUGCUACAAACACAUACUUCAGGUGCAGGUUUACCUAAAUCGAUAAUAUACUAUCAGCAGUGCAGCCCACUACAGCCACAAUGACUUAUUGAAAUACAAAACAAACAAACAAGUGAGAAAUGCCUAGGUAAUUUCUUUGAGGCAUGACAAAUCUAUGAAUCUAGGAGAAAGCAUAGAGUCUAAUCUUUCUUCCAUCUGGCUUGGGUGAACAGUAGCCUUAAUGCUUUCUAUUAUAGAGCCAGUUGAACUAGGCAAGUAGUUCUCCAUCCUGGAUCCACAUAAGAAUCACUUGGGACAUUUAAAAAAUUACUGAUGCCUGGGGCCUCCUUCAGACAUUCAUGUUUAAUUGGCCUACUGUGCAAUCUGGGCUUCAAAAGCUCCCCAGAUGAUUGUAAUGGGCAGCCAGGGUUGAGAGCCAUUGUCUGUCUAGAUAGUCCUGAGUGGUCUUUGGCAGGCUAACCUCCACCCCAUUCUCUUUUUGUCAUAAGAUCUCUUUAUUGGUAUUCCAGGCAUGGCUCUGAGUUCAAGACUUAAUAGUAGGCCAAGGCUCAAGUAGUAAAAUGGAUCAUCCAUUUGUCCCCAGAGUGAUCCUGUAGAGAUGCUGCAUCCAUUCAGCUUCUUCUCUAUACCAAAUACAAAGUGUGCAUAAGUAAGCAAAACAGAUUCCCAAGGUCUGCUCCCUAGAAUCCUCUUUUCCUUGCAUAUAUGAUUUGAGUAGAGAUUUGUCAACUCUGCUAGCUAAAAUAGAGCACUUGAACUUAUUAAAAGAGCCAACCCUUAGCCACCUAGGGUGAUUUUUGUUUGUAAAAUAAAUAGGUAGUAUCGUUGAAGUUAAUGAAGGAAAAGAAAGCUCCUUCCUGGGGUGAUGGUGAUACAUUUGGUUACUUGUCUCUCAGCCUAUCUUCUAAGUGGGAUUUCAAUGUAGAGACUUUCACUCUUCCUUGUUUCUUUGUGAAUCAAAUGCACUAGCUAAGGCAUAAAUAUUUCUGAAUUUUAUAUGAAAUGUGAAAUGUGUGAUUUUAGCAUCUUUGUUCCAGGAUGUCAAAGACCUAACCCAGUAAUUCCCAAAUGAGGUUCCAUAUCUUUCUUUCUCCCAUCCCAGGUAUAAAGAUACUUAGCCAUGGCAACCUCACUCAUGAUAGUAGGGAGGGGAGAACUGUUUGAUUACCAUUAAGAAAGUGAGAACCACUGUUCAAACUAACAAGCUACCAAGUGACUUCUAGUUUAUGAAAGAAAUUUGUGUUUAAGGGCAAGUUCAAAUAUAGCAGUCUCUCUUCUGAGAGAAUUCUGGGCAGUGUAGGAAUUUUCAUUCAUAUUGCCUACAAAUAAUAGAUAAUUUAAAUUUCAAGUAGAUGCUAUGUUUUGAGAAGAAAAAGUGGGUCCAAGAGAAGAUUGUUAGUGCAGAGGACUGAAUUAGCAUCCAGCUAUGACAUUUCAUUAAAAUAACAUGAAAGCCUGGCUAUUUGCUUAGCAUGUAUAUGCUGCAAUGUCAGUUAGAGAAAAUGCCUCCUAUGCCUUAGAAAAUUGUGAAGGCUUCCUGAUAUUGGGUGGAAUAGAAAAGCAAUAGCCUUUGGGAUUUGUUUGCAUCCAGCAUAGUAGCCCAUUCAGGUGUCCAUACUGAGAACCAUUGAGGAGUACUGUGAAACACUAUUGAACUUUAUGCAACCAUACCGCACUGGAUUUUAAGGUAUUGGGAAGGAGAGUAGAGGAGGAUGGGGAAGUAAUAGUAAAAAAAAAAAAAAAAAA